AUGCGAAAGUAUAACUUCAUAAGUGCAGCAAUAGAUGAUUGGCUCCUGCCAACCGAUUAUUAUCCCAUGAACGAUGAUGUUAGUUUCAACGAGAGUUUGUACAGUAACAGCAGUCUGUACACUUUCGCCAAUAUGGCCUAUGAUAAUUUACCAAGUCGGUGGCAUAUGAGAUGCGCACAAACGGAUAAGACGAGAGCAUUGCUUAUUUGCAUCUACAAACAAAAGUUCCUGACCACGCAAAGCUGUACCAAGUGGGAGACGCGAACCCAGACUUUGCGGGCUGCAAUUGGAAGAACGACGUCUGGCAAACACCUUGGUGUACCAACCCACAUGCGACGACCUUCUCUGCAAUGUACCCACCGGGAUUUCAGAUUGGCUCUGAUUCCUCGUUUUCCCCGUUGA